CCUCCCUCUUCCCCCACCCCCCCACAUAUCCCCACCCCGCCUGGCCUCCGGAGCCAUCCAGCGCCGGCGAUUGGGCAGCCGCGACUUGACACAGCGCCGCGCCGAGAGGGUCGAGGACGUGUUUCAACAGAUGGUCGGGGUUAGCGUGUCAUCGCGUUCGAGUGGGGAUUAGGGGAGCCGAAGGCUGCCGACCCGGAGCUGUGUGGUCUCCUCUUCCCAACUUCAUCAGCCAAGCUAUAUUCCGGACAACUGAAGUUUAUUAGCUGACCUUGGGUCAUAUAUUUCAAAGUUGAUUGCACACUGCAGAGUGCAGAUUGAUAUUUUCUUUGUUUCAAACUACAGGUGAGAAUCUGACAAGUAAAGAAAAGCAACAUUCGGCACAAGAAUUUAACGGUGGCCUUGGACUGAUAACAAUGAAUUAUUAUUACAUUACUUUUAUGUGCACUGUGCUUGGCACUGAAUUACUAAGGAGCUUUGGUACCCCUGUCAAAUCCCCAAGGUUCAGAGUUCGGGUGCAGCAUGAACGAAAAAAUAUUAGGCCAAAUAUUAUACUUGUGCUUACAGAUGACCAGGAUGUGGAGCUUGGGUCCUUGCAAGUGAUGAAUAAAACCAGGAAGAUAAUGGAGAAUGGAGGUGCCAGUUUUGUUAAUGCAUUUGUAACCACGCCAAUGUGCUGUCCAUCUCGGUCCUCGAUGUUGACAGGAAAAUAUGUUCACAAUCACAAUGUUUAUACUAACAAUGAGAACUGCUCUUCUCCAUCCUGGCAAGCAACACAUGAGCCCCGCACCUUUGCUGUGUAUCUCAACAAUACUGGAUAUAGAACUGCUUUUUUUGGAAAAUACCUCAAUGAAUACAAUGGCAGCUAUAUCCCCCCUGGCUGGCGAGAGUGGGUUGGAUUAAUAAAAAAUUCUCGUUUCUAUAAUUACACUGUUUGUCGCAAUGGCCUUAAAGAGAAGCAUGGAUUUGAAUAUGCAAAGGACUAUUUUACAGAUUUAAUCACUAAUGACAGUAUCAAUUAUUUCAAAAUGUCUAAGAGGACAUAUCCCCAUAGACCUAUAAUGAUGGUGAUCAGCCAUGCAGCUCCCCAUGGCCCAGAAGACUCUGCACCACAAUUCUCUGAGCUGUAUGCAAACGCUUCUCAGCACAUAACUCCUAGUUACAACUAUGCACCCAAUAUGGAUAAGCACUGGAUCAUGCAGUAUACAGGGCCUAUGCUUCCCAUCCAUAUGGAAUUUACAAAUAUCUUGCAACGCAAAAGGCUUCAAACUCUGCUGUCAGUUGAUGAUUCCAUGGAAAGGUUAUAUCAUAUGCUAGUGGAAACUGGAGAACUGGAGAAUACUUACAUUAUUUACACUGCUGAUCAUGGUUACCAUAUUGGACAGUUUGGACUGGUCAAGGGAAAGUCAAUGCCAUAUGAUUUUGAUAUUCGUGUUCCUUUCUUUAUUCGUGGUCCAAGUAUAGAGCCGGGAUCAGUAGUAUCUCACAUGGUGCUGAAUAUUGACCUUGCUCCAACAGUUUUGGAUAUUGCAGGACUCGAUACACCUCCAGAUAUGGAUGGCAAAUCUAUUCUUAAACUUCUGGACCUUGAAAAAUCAGGAAACAGGUUUCGAACAAACAAGAAAACCAAAGUUUGGCGUGAUACAUUCCUGGUGGAAAGAGGCAAAUUUUUGCGUAAGAAGGAAGAAUUGGGCAAAAAUACCCAGCAAUCAAAUCAUUUGCCUAAAUAUGAGAGAGUAAAAGAAUUAUGUCAACAAACGCGAUACCAAACAGCUUGUGAGCAACCUGGUCAGAAAUGGCAGUGUAUUGAAGACACGUCUGGAAAACUACGUAUUCACAAAUGCAAAGGGGCCAGUGACAUUCUUGCUAUGAGAAAAAGAACACGGAGUAUACAUUCCCAGGGAUAUAGCAGCAAAGAAAAUGACUGUGAUUGCGGGGAGACUGAUUAUCAGACCAGUCGGGCCCAAAGGAAAAAUCAAAGAGGCUUCAUGAGGACAUCCAGUGUACAAAAAUACAAACCCCGGUUUGUCCAUACUCGCCAAACUCGGUCCUUAUCUGUGGAAUUUGAAGGGGAAAUAUACAGUAUAAAUCUGGAGGAAGAAGAGGAGAAAGAGGAGGAAGAGGAGGAGGAGUUGCAUAUCCUUCAGUCCAAAAGCAUUGUUAAGCGGCAUGGAAGUUAUAGUGAAGAGGAAGAAGAUGAAGCAGAGGAAAGUCAUCCAGAAGAUGGUGAUGGAAUUAAAGCAAUGCUUGCUGAUGGGGCUAACACUGUUGGCCAGCCAGAUUCUGUCAAAGUUACUCAUAAAUGUUUUAUUCUUUCAAAUGACUCUAUCCAUUGUGAAAGGGAGCUAUAUCAUUCAGCCAGAGCUUGGAAAGAUCACAAAGCCUACAUAGACAAGGAGAUUGAAGCUCUCCAGGAUAAAAUUAAAAAUUUAAGAGAAGUAAGAGGACAUCUUAAAAGACGAAAACCAGAUGAAUGUGACUGUAGCAAAAAGAGCUAUUACCACAAAGAAAAGGGGGCAAAAGUUCAAAAAAAGCUUAAGACAAGUCAUCUACAUCCAUUCAAGGAAGCUGCUCAAGAGGUGGAUGGUAAACUUCAGCUCUUCAAAGAGAAUCGGAGGAGAAAAAAAGAAAGGAAAGGGAAAAAGCGCCAGAAGAAAGGAGACGAAUGCAGCCUUCCGGGACUCACUUGCUUUACUCAUGACAACAAUCACUGGCAGACUGCGCCAUUCUGGAACUUGGGAUCGUUUUGUGCUUGUACAAGCUCCAACAACAACACUUACUGGUGUUUGCGAACAGUAAAUGAAACACACAACUUCCUCUUCUGUGAAUUUGCUACAGGAUUUUUGGAGUAUUUUGAUAUGAAUUCUGAUCCCUAUCAGCUAACAAAUUCGGUACAUACGGUAGAAAGAGGCAUUUUGAACCAGCUACAUCUUCAGCUAAUGGAGCUACGAAGUUGUCAAGGUUAUAAACAGUGCAAUCCAAGACCUAAGGGACUUGACACAGAGGACACUUAUGGCAUGGAUGGGAAGGCUAAGCUCCCAAAUUUUACAGAAAAUAUCAGCUGGCAAGGACUGGAGGAUUUGUACAGUGUGAAUGAAAGUUUAUAUGAAGCCAGAAACAACUACAGCAUUCAUUCUGAUGACUGGAGAAAUUACUUGAAGGAUGUAGAUAGAAUCUUUGCACUGCUGAACAGUUACUCUAAGCAAAAUCAAAGAGCAGAGACUCCCACUGUUAAUACGAGUGGAGACUUGGAUGAAUCAUCCACAUCAUUUUCCUUGCUAGGAAUGAGCUCUGCUGAAAUAGAUGAAGGUUCAAGUGGGUUGACAACCCUAGAGGCUCAACCUAUCAUCCCAUCGUAUUAUGGAGACCUGACCUUGAACACAGUAGUGUCAAGCAAUGAUGGCAGACUUGAAUUAAGCAAUGAUAUUCCUGCAAAAAGGAGUACAAAUGGCCACCAAGCCAAAACAUGGCUGAAGAUUGAAGAGCCAGUUAAUUCAGAAAUGGAUUUUAGUGGGAACGAUUUGACAGAACUGGAGUCCAGACACAGCUUCAUCUUGCAACCAAUUAACAUUAUUCAGAAAGCCUCUAUGACAGACAAAGAUUUUGCACAGGGUAUUUUUGAAGAGCAAGACUACCUUCCCAUGAAUUCUGCUACAAAAAUAAUCAGCUGGGCUUUAAAUACAUUUGUUCUGCAACAUAAAACUGAAAAGUUGAGGAAAAGGGAAGGUUUCCAGAAAUCUUCAGAAUUUCUGAAUGAAGAAGGCAGUGCUUCAAAUCCACUCCCCUCAAAUUAGGCUGGUUAGCAAGUCAGGUACUGUUAAUUAGCUGACAAAUGGAACAACAAACAGCAAAAUUCCAGUAGUAUAUAUUUUACAUUCACAUUCUUGUCAAUAUGGCUGCAACUAUUAAAAUCUGAAAAUUAAAAAGGCACCAUUGUGACUUUUUUAAGAAAAGCCCUAUUUUUAAAGUAGUGUAAAUGCACCUUCAAAGAAAAUAAGCUCGUUUUUCUGUUCUCAUAACGAUAUCCCAUUUGAGUAAUUUUUAUUAAUUUGAACAAUUGAAAUUUCAUAUUGUCAAAGUAAAUUUACAUGCCCUUUUGUAAUCUUUGUGCCAUAGUCUUUAUUAAUCUAACUCAUCUACAUGUUCUUAGUUUUGCUAAUGGAAUGUAAUUUGCAAAACAAUAAAAGAAGUUGAUAGAGAAUACAUUAUAUACAUGGAUUGUAAAAAGCAAUUAUUGGUAUAUUGAGCAGAUUUUCAUGUUUAAUUUAAAAUCUUUUAUCUUCCAAUCAAUUCACAGUAACUUUUUUCUUAGAUAUAACAAACAGGAAACUUAACAGAGAGAGUUAAAGUGAGUUCAUUUCCCAGUAGAUAAGGACUAAAUUGUUAUUAAGAUUUUUAUUUUUUCACGAAAGUUUGACUUUCACUUUGCAAAAGGUCUUAAUGUAGAAUAGAAUAGAAUAGAAUAGAACAGAAUAGAAUAGAAUAGAAUAGAAUUUUUUAUUGACCAAGUGUGAUUGGACACACAAGGAAUUUGUCUUGGUGCAUACGCUCUCAGUGUACAUAAAAAAAAAGAUACAUUCAUCAAGAAUCAGUAUUCACAGCUGUUCUAGUCAUUAGAAUAAAAUUUAGUCCAAAGAAAGGUUCUGUAUACAAAUAUGCUAUAUAUUAUAUUGCAUCUUGGCACACUUGCAGAAGUGCAACAUAUACCCUUUUUUAAACACAAUCUAAGACUACAAAUUGCAAUGCCAUAUCUAUUAUGUAGCUAUAUGGAAUACUGGAUUGUAGGUAUACUUUUUAAACAGCAAGGUCCUGUACACAGGGAGUAAUGUUACGUGCAAAAGUUUUUCUCCACUCUUCUCUAGAAUCAAGGAAAGGAAUGCUUCUCACAGAAACAUCAGGGAAGUUUGCAUAUGUUUAUUAAAGUGCUUUAGAAUAUAGCAUCCAAGCAGAUACUGUCAUCUGGAGUUGUGUGAACGUAGCUAAAUGACUUCAGAAGAUGGUUCCAAAAUGUGGUGUUUGGGGUUCCCCCCCCCCCGGGAGAGAGC